CUGCGUGGCGUAUUGAAUAUUUGUCUGAAUACGAUUGCAUAGGAACGGCGUUUGUUUAUAGCGGCCAACUUCUCACUACUUCUACCGGCCGGCGACCGCGGAUAGGUUAGUGUUGGAGAGAACGCCAUCCCGACGACACCUCUUCCGUGCUCCCAUACAUAAACAACCAUGCCUGAAGUCGUGUUCUACUACUUUCCCGUGAAGGCUCUGGGCGAGUCCAUCCGAUUGCUGCUGGCUUACGGUGGGCAGGAGUUCGAUGACCGUCGUAUCCCACAAUCGGAAUGGCCUGCAUUCAAGCCAAAGACCCCAUUCGGUCAGAUGCCAGUCCUGGUGAUUGACGGUAAGGAGUAUGCCCAGAGCCUGGCCAUCAGCCGGUACCUCGGCAACAAGUACGGAGUGGCUGGAGACUCCCUCGAGGAUAACCUGGAGAUCGACCAGAACGUUGACCUCAUCAAUGAUCUGCGUGCAAAGGCUGCAGUAGUACAGUAUGAACCUGAUGAGACUGUGAAGGAAGCCAAAUACGCCGACUUCGUGAAGAAUGUAUUCCCAGACCUAUUGGAGAAAUUGAGCGCCAUCUUUGUCAAGAACAACGGCCAUGUUGCUUUAGGAAAGUUGACUUGGGGAGAUUUCGUGUUCGCGGGUAUGUUUGACUACCUGAAGAUGAUGCUGCGCAUGCCUGACCUGGAGAAGAAGUACCCAGUGUUCCAGCAGGUCAUUGACAACGUGUACUCCAUCCCUAAAGUCAAGGCGUACGCAGACGCCGCGCCCCCUAGCGACAUCUAAAUAUAAACUCUGGAAACAACACGUACAAUACUAAAGAGCUAUUUUUGAAAAUAUCUCGAACGCGUGUCGAAUAUUUUUAUCUUAUACAUAAUAUAGAAUAUAGAAAUAAUAUUUACAUUCGUCAAUAUUAUGUUAUUGAUAUUUUUCCUAUCACUGUUAGAUUGUAAGGAUGUGUUUAAAUGAUAAAUAAAUGUUAUUUAAAAUUA